AUGUUAGGGAGCAUUGCGGUUUUCGCCACAGGCAGCGCCAUGACAGCGACUUCAAAAGCUGCGGAAGAUGGCGUAAGCCCUUACGCGCAGGCGACCAUUGACGAUGUUGCUGACCACAUCCAGUACAUUGGAUGCUUGCUCGGCUAUCGUCAUGUCGAUUUGGGGCCUGACUUCGACGGCAUGUCGGCGGAGACUGACAGUUUGAACGAUGUGAGUCAGUAUUCAGAUGUCAUGCGCGUCCUACUGGAUCGCAGUGUCGGGAUGUCGGAGCUGCCAGUUGUGGUGAGAGGGGAUGUGUUCCGAAUACUGCGGGCUGUCGAGAAUGUGGCAACGUCGCUGAGGGAGAGGAAGCCCCUGGAGAAUGAUGUGCGGCUCACUCUCCUAGCGUACAGUUGUUUCUGGGGCCGACUUCUCUCAACCUAG